CUGAGGGAAGGAUUGACCCUCACGCCCCGGAACCCCUGCGCCUCGGAACCCGCGCACCCCGAACCCCCGCUGACCGGAACCCUCGAACCCGCGCACCCCGGAACCCCCGGCACCCGGAACCCAGCGUUCGGGCCCCGCGUCCCGGCCGGAUGCUGCGCGGAGCGCACCGCCCCCUCCUCCCCACCGUCCCGGACAUGCUGCGGCCGCUGCGCUUCGGGCUGCUGCUGCUCCUGCUGCCCCUGCUGCUCCUGCCCGGCGGCAGCGCCGCCUCCCCCGCGCCCCUGGCCGGCUCCAGCGCGCAGAACGGGACGAGACCGGGCAACGGGACGGGGCCGCCGCCCGCCUCGUGGCCCGGCUCGGCGCUGCCCUCGGGGUCGGGGCUGCCGGUGCUGCGGCGGGCGGUGUACGUGCUCAGCGUCCUCUCCGCGCUGGCCGGGCUCUAUUUCCUCCUCCGGGCGUUCCGUCCCAGGUCAGAGGGACCCAGAAACGAGCGCAAAACUCAUUCCAGGUUGAAGAAACCUCAACGGAAGAAGUAUGGUCUUCUGUCGAAUUACGAUGAGAACAUAGAGAUGGCCUCGCUCGAUAGUGAUGAGGACACGGUGUUUGAAACGAGGAACCUAAGGCGAUGAUUUGGGACCAGCAGCACCAGCUACACAGACCAAGAGGAUGCAAGUCCAGUGGAAUCGCUUUACCAGUGCUCAAUUUUAUUUUUGAUAUUUGCUUCUAAUGACUUAAUUAACAGUACAAACCCUUCGAUAGCUGGGGCAGGGGAAAGGGGGCCAAACCUGUUUUCUUCACACACGUUUUUGGGCAGAGGUGGAGCUGCAAGCUAAAUGAUGCUGCACUGGGUGCUGUUGCCUGCGCAGGGAGAAACCAAGGAAAACGUGACUUCUUGAUGAUGCUCAGCGUUUGAAGUCUCACUGCUCUGAACUGGAGUGCUGCAGCUGCGUCUGCUGCCCUAUCCAUAUUUUCUGGGUGCUCAAAUCCCUCAACUGACUGUGGAAGCCAGCUUUUAAGUAUCAGGCAAGCAGAUUGCUUUUGCAGGCUGAUCUUCCUUGCUUCUUGUAGCAUCAGGUUACUUUGUUAGAAAGUUCUUUAUCAGCUCUGAUCUGGUAGGAGCUGGCAGAGCUCAUGGAUAGUGUUGCAUUUGUUCAAAGAAUAGCUUUGGGAAUGAGUUAAAAGCUUUUGUUUUGUUGUAGUUUCAGGGUCAGAAGUUACAGAUGAUAAUACAGGUCAUUACAUGAUUUACAGAGCAAAGAUGUUUACAGGUGAAGCCCGAAGGAGUGUUUCUGCAUGGGGCUGCAAGUGUGAGGGCUGUUCUGCCCAGCUCCCACGCUGUGUUCACACAGAAAGUGUCCCAGCUCCAAUGCUGCGUUCACCAGGGAAAGGUGUGAUGUUUGCCAGGCUUCUGAAUUUUGAGCUGCUGGCUUUGUCUGAGCUCACCUGAGCUCAGCGCUGAGCCAGAGCGCUGUGGUUUGGGUUGCAGAACUGUAACUGUGAUGAGUGUCCUGUCUCUGGGCAUCCGAUGGCUGGAAAAGGAGGACUCAGGCCCCUAGGAACUGGGAUUCUCUAACUGAGGCAGCCUUGGCUCAGGAAUAAUCUCUUCUGCAUGGAUACCAGAGUUCUGUUCCAUUUCCUGGUACUCAAGCUAUUCCACUGUCAGCAAGCAGGGUUUUUUCUGUGUAAUUUGGGUUUUCAUUGUGUUAGGACCAAAUGUGAAUGUGUGAGAAGGCUAUUGUUAGGUGGAUUUGCUGCUAAAAUGGUGAAAACUGCUUGAAUGUUGAAAACUAUUCCAUGAGAACUAUGGCUGGUGAGUCCUGAUGUCCCAGUCUACCCUGAACUGGUAGUGCCUUUGUUAGGAGAACCCAGGGGAGUUUCCCUGCAGGCCAGGGAGCUUGACCUUUCCUUUGGAUGAAGAUGGAGAAAGUCUUUGGAGUGACGGCUGCUUUCUUCUGGUCUGUGAAUCCUCUGUAGAUAAGGGGACAAACCUGACACUUAACAGAAAGAGCAGGGCAGGAGGGAUCUCCAUACCAAGCAGCAAGGAGAAAUGGUUUUAGUGUGGGAGCUCAGGGUCCGGCUGCUGCUCCAAAAUCCCUCAGGAGGUAGUGCUGCCACCCUGAAGCUCGCCCGUGUGAGGGGCACAGAGUGGGUGAGGUUUCCUGGAGAAAUGUCACCCUGGGUGCUGGGUGCUGGCAGCUCUGCCUUGCCCACCUGCAAAGGAUUUUUAAAGAUAUAUAUAUAUAUUUUUAGUAACACUGUCAUGUGAACGCAGCACUUGGAUGUUCCCUAAUUUCAUAUCAUCUGUAUCCUUUCAUGCCUCUCUUAGGUACUUUCUGCUUGUUUAGCAGAUGCGGAGAUGAAAGCAUUAGCUGCGCUCCUCUGUGAGGAUAGCGGCGAUGGCUCAUCCUGGCCGUUGCUGCCCCUUGGGUGAUCAGAGAGCCGAUGGUUUGAUUUGUGGUGGUUUAUCUUGAUCCUAUGCAGGCUGGCAGGGCUACGUGCAGGCUGACAGCUUCCUCUGGCUCUUACAUCCCUCUGUGGAGUUGUUUCUUGCUGUGUGCAGGUAAGGCUGACUGUGUUUCAGCCCUGGCUCCGUGAUGUGGCCUUUCUUUAUUGGAGGCGAUUAACUUGAUCAUCCUUUAGGCUGUACUCAUCGUUGGACAGAUGGGGUUUGCAAUUUUGAAGCUUCCUUCCCUUGCAGGAGCAGAUAAUUUUUUAAUGUUAACAGUUAAUGGCUUUGAUCAAAGAGGAAGCAUCGAGCUGUGAGUCCUGCCAUGAAAAUAGUUGUGAUAGGAUUUGAUUUUGCUGUACUGGUGUUUAGAAUUGGAGCAGGGGAGGAUGGAGUGUGGCCAGGGCACACAGCAUGGUCCUUGUUCAGCUCUGCAUAGGCAAAUGGUGACUAAGCAGCAGGCCUGCAGGGUGUAUGUAUGCAUCACGAUCCAUGCACUAGGUAUGCAUUUCCAGAGUCCUGAUGGCUGUCUCCAAAGCCUCUGCUUUAGAGAAUCCCCCCCAUUUCAUCUGUGUAGAGCAAGAACGUGAUUGUGGGGCCAUGGCUUAGCAUUGCUGUCACUUUUAUUCCGAUCCUGGUUUGGCUGGAGAUAGCUUUGAGCUGCAAUCAAUGACCCCUGUGUGGCCAAUUCCAUUUUCCCCUGCAGCAUCCUGCAUCUUGGAAGCAGUCAAUAGUCUGGAUUUGCUCUUCACAGGCCAAGACAUUACAUUCCCACUCCACUCUAAAUCAUUGUUAAAGGCGUCUUCUGAGAGGAGAAAACAAAGAUGCUGGUGACAGAUCUGAGAUUCCUUCGAGGACAAAGCUAUUGCUCGGCACAGCUGUUCCUGCUCCCUCUUUCUCCUGGAAGAAUAAAUCGGAGCUCUCGCAGCAGGUUCUCCUUGCAGCGGUGGCACAGCGGCAUGAGGCCAGCGCAGGCUUUUGAGGGGCAGGAGGAGGUCUCGCCAAGAGCAGUGGUUUUUCAAGCCUUGCAUUAUCUUUCCAUAGGAAGAGCAGUUCAGUAGUUGCUUCAGUUAUGUUUUUGUUACUUUAUGUGCAGUUGAUACCUGUGCUGAUAGCCUGAUGGGUGUCUCUGCAGCAGUUAAACAUGUAGUUGUUUUUCAGAGUAGAUUUAAAUAGACAGAUAUAAACAGAUGCAUGUGUGCUCUGAGCAUGUGAGACAGAGCUGGCCUGGGAGCUACUCGCUCACAUCAGUACAGGGCUGUGCUUGUACAAACACAUCCUGCUGCUUGGAGCAGUGUGUCUGUCCCUGGGCAGGCUGCUGCCUUGCCAGCUGCUGCUGCACUUUGCUUUCUCCAGAGGGGAUCAGGGUAUUAGUGGGAGGCUCUGUGGGCUCUGGCUGCCCUGUUCUGCUGGCCUGUGCUGGGCUUCUGCCAAUCCUUGCUGAAAGGCACAGGGUGGUUAGACCAGGAUUGAAGUGUGCAGAUCCCUAUGAUGCUGCACAGUUGCCAGCCUGUGCGUGUCACAAGUUACUGCUGGAGUUCGCUCAGACCAAUCGUCGUUUAAGCCAAAGCCUAAUUUCAAAAGUUUACCUAAUUGCCUCUCUGGUCCUGGAGGGCUCUGUCGAAUCCUCGUCUGUUGGUAUCGAAUGAGUGGGCGAAUUGACUGGACUGUCUGCCGAGGUUAAUGAGAUUGACGGAGAGUGAUAUGUGCAUCAACUCUUUAUCAUUAAUAACAUGCUUCUGUUUUGUUUCAUUGGUACACGGGACUGCAACGGCAUCAUCAUCGUCGAAGUGCUGGGUGAUGGGGCCUGCGGUCUGAGCAGACUGCCAAGAUGUCAAUAAAACAGCCCUGGAAUGCACAGUGUUAUCUGCACUCUCGGAAUGGAGGAGCUCAUCUUUCACCCUCCUGCUUCAAUCGGUGGUUUAUUUUUAAGUAGCAACCAGGCUUGUGUUGAUCGAUUGUUUUACUUUCGUUUACAGCCUCCCCCCUUCCUUGUAUCUUGAAACAAAUGAAAUAAAGCAUUCUGUUCC